AACAAUCAAACAUUACCCAAAAAAAAAAAAAAACACCCAUUUUUAUUAAAUAUUUACUCUCUCUCUCUCUCUCUCUCUCUCUAUGGAUUCUGAUUUCUGGACCUCUCGGCUCGCCGCUGCCAAGCGGCAAUUCAAUUUGCAGCACCACCAUCAUCACAGCUCCCAACUGGAUCGGUUGAACAUCGACGAUUUAGAGGUUGAGGAUGAGGUCAGACCCGAAUUCCCAUGUCCUUACUGUUACGAGGACUAUGAUAUUGUGUCUCUGUGCUCUCAUCUCGAAGAUGAGCACUCUUGCGAGUCCAAAGUCGCCGUGAGUUUCUCUUUAGAUUGAUAUAUAUAUAUAUAU